GGAAACAAAAAAGUCAACAAUAAAAAGAAUAGAAGGCAAGUUUUGGAAAUGGAAAGAACACUGCUGUAAAUUAAAUAAUUAAUUGGAAACCAAUUAUAAAAAGGAAAUCUGGACCAAAAAUAAAAAUAAAAAGGAAUCUGUACGGUUAUAUAAAAUUUCCAAUUAUAAUCCUACGUGGAUUAUUCCACCGCCUCAAAAGAGUAUAUAUAUAAGAAUGUCUUCUUGUAAUCUUACACAUUACACAUUACAAAUUAAUCUCUCUUUUCUUGUACACAUCAUGGAAGCUACUCCAGAAUUCAACUACCAAAUUGAUGUCAAUCCUGAACGCAAAAAGAUUGGCACAAUCCAAGUCUAUUCAAGUUUCGUCAGACCAGCCAACAUGCAGCCGAUACUAACCCGGUCGAACUUCUCAUGUUCAUUACCUGCCAAUGAAUUCACUGACGACGAAGAUUCUCCCCACAAACAAAGACUCUAUUACUUCUUAAAAGAUUCAGGAGUUGAUGCAGAAGAUGCUUACACGUUAAUAAUAAAACUCACUCAACUUGCAUGUAAAGUAACUUCUAAUUCGUUUGAAUAUUGUUCACGUUAUGCUUUGUUAUUGUGGUUGACUCUUGAUGUGGCUCCUUCGAACGAAUAUGAGAGGAAUAGCGCGUUUAGACCCGCGAGCAAGUUGAGAGUUGAGGCCUUGAGCAGGAGAAUAUACAAGAGGAAACGAAAGACCAGCUCUAUUGCUAACCAGUGCAAAAGAUACAAGAGAAAACAAGAGAGCAGCUCUAGUGGUGACAAGUGCACAAUUUGUUUUCAGAAGUUGAAAACCGGACAAGAAGUUGCUACUUUACUUUGUGGUCAUGAAUUUGACAAUAAGUGUAUUAUGGAAUGGUUUAAGGUUCGCCACAAUUGUCCAUUGUGUCGCUUCGAGUUACCACCUGAACAUGAUCAGGUUCCUCAACUAACUACAGUUUUCUAACUAAAAUACAUUCACACUUAGGUGCUUUAUUUUGUUUUAUAUUCAUAUAAAGAUCAAUAUACGGUUUUUGACAUGAU